AUAAUGACAUUUCACAUUUGUGCAAGCUAGCUAGCAGUGACUAGACUCAUGGCCUCGUUUUCUCCUCUGACUAAUUUCUCAACCGCACCUUCACCGUAUUCCAAAAUCGGUUUCUUCCACAACCCCUUCAUCACUCUCAGAUCCAGCAAUGCUUUGCUUCGCCUCUCUCCCUUGAAGGUUUCAGCUGACAAUGAGGUUGCAACCUCAGCUUCAGCUUUUGAGGAACCAAGAUGGAUUGGAGGGACUUGGGACUUAAAACAGUUUCAGAUAAAUGGCAACACUGACUGGGAUGCUGUUAUUGAUGCUGAGGUUAAGAGAAGAAAAUGGCUUGGGGACAAUCCGGAAUCAUCUACUAAUGAUAACCCUGUAGUUUUUAACACCGCCAUUAUUCCUUGGUGGGCAUGGAUAAAAAGGUUCCAUCUUCCUGAAGCUGAACUACUUAAUGGUCGUGCUGCAAUGAUAGGAUUUUUUAUGGCCUAUGUGGUUGAUAGCUUGACUGGAGUAGGUGUAGUUGACCAAAUGAGCAAUUUCUUCUGCAAAACUCUUCUGUUCACAGCAGUGAGUGGAAUACUUCUGGUCCGAAAGAAUGAGGACAUUGAAACUCUUAAGAAGCUAUGGGAAGAGAUUACAUUUUAUGACAAGCAAUGGCAAGCAACUUGGCAGGAUGAAAACUCAAGUACUCCCAAAAAAGAUUAGAGGGUUUUUUGUUUUACAGUUUCCUUUCCCUCUUAUAUAUGUCUUUCAUCCCAGUAACAAAGAAUUAUCCAGAUAAUUUCUGUACGUGUGCAAUGAAAGACCUUUCUGGAAAGAAGUACACGCCGAACCUAACUAUAACGUAUAAUUUGGAUUCACAAAUUAUUAGCUCAAUUUAGAGUUUAAAAA